AUGUCCAUAUCUUCUGACAAUAAUUAUAAGAAUAUAAAAAUUAAAGAUGAAAUAUCAAUACAAAAAUUGAGAGUUACAGCUUUUGUUGCAGUUGCAUUAUCUACUGUUGCUGUUAUUUUUUCUAUUAUUACAUUGCCUUUAAUUUAUACAUAUAUUCAAACACUACAAAGUCACAUAAUUAAUGAAGCUGAGUAUUGUAGGGCACACUCUAAAGAUAUAUGGGUUGAAGUAUUUUCUAUUCAAGAUACUCUUAAUUCAAAACGUUUAUAUAAAGCAUCAAGUCGUUUUAAACGUUCAUGGGCAUUUGGUAAAUGGAUAAAUGAUGAUACUUCACAAUAUCAAGAAAAUAAAGAUUCUAUGGUUGGAUCAACAGAUAAUUAUGAAUCAUUAAAUGAUGGAAUAACUAAAGAAAUGAAUAAAGAAAAAAUUUCUAAUGAAUAUAAAUGUCCAUGUCAAGUAGGACCACCAGGUGAUAUAGGUGAACCAGGAAUUGAUGGUAUACCAGGAAAAGAUGGUCUUCCUGGUGAGGCAGGAGUACCAGGUACUGAUGGUGAAAUAUUACCAUUUGAAGGACCAAUUAAAGAACCAUGUAUAAUUUGUCCUCCUGGAAUACCAGGAAUACCAGGAUUACCUGGUUUAAAAGGACCACCUGGACCAAAAGGUAGUGUAGGAUUACCAGGUGCUAAUGGAAAACGUGGUGAACCUGGUUUACCUGGAGCACCAGGUCCACAAGGUCCACCUGGUCCACCAGGAUUACCAGGUUUAAAAGGUUUAGAUGGAAAAAUAAUAACUGUAUUAGGACCACCAGGCCCACCCGGUAUUCCAGGACCUCAAGGGCCACCAGGACCAAAAGGAAUUAAAGGACCAGUUGGAAAUCAAGGUAUAUCAGGUUCUCCCGGUAGUCCAGGUGAACCUGGAAGAACAGGAACUCCAGGAAAAGAUGGAAUUCCAGGAGAACCAGGUAUUCCAGGACCAAAAGGAGAAGAUGGAACAUGUAAUUGUCAAGAACCACGAUUACCUCCAGGAUAUUAA